AUGGGUGCUUCUUUAACAUCACCCGUAUCACAUCAACCGCCAACUAGCGUUUGCAAUCAUUUAUUUGUCGCACCGGAUGCUCCAUCAACUUUUCGCAAUCAUCCUUUGACAACGAUACAAACCAAAAAGCAAUCAGUAUUUGCAGCAGGAUGGAAUUGGUCUAAAAAAGCUGCACAACAAAGAUACGAUAAAGCAAUGCCUUCAUUAUUCUGA